AUGAACGGCUCCCCAAAUAAGCAGCCUCAAGCACCCCGUGAGAUCAAGAUCAAGUGGCCUAAGCUUGAUGCUACAGUUACUGUGAAGAUUAACGACUCAAAUCCAACAUUGGUUAAGCUUCUCGGAACCGUAUUGCCGUAUCAUUCUCUUCAGACGCAUGCUGUUGUCGCUGGGGAUCAGCUAUACCACCUUGUUCCGCUGGAGCAGUUGAUUUACACACCCGCCGACAAGAAGGCCCCUGAUCGGGCCAAGGAGCCUGAUGGUUCAGUGUUUCUUUCGUCAUUCCAGCACCUAGUCAUAAAAUAUGGUGAGGUCACUGAGCAUCAAGCUGUAGCCACGUGUGGAAGGGUUAUCGAUGAAGAUCUCCAGACGCUGCGCUGGGUUGCCGACGAGGUUUGGAAAAGUCAAUGCGAAGCGAAACAGCCUAUUGAAGUGGUCGUUUGGGAUGCUUCAAAGUCCGAACCUGAUCCUAAACAGAUCUCGCUAUUUAAGUUCCAGAGAACUGGGGUAAGCCAAGAAGUGAGGAGUUUCGUGGACGAGAUUCAUAAGGAGACGGAGAAGUCCUGGUCGAGCAUUUCUGAGGAAAUCGAAAAGCUCCAUCAUGGCGAAGCCCCAGAAAAGCCCGGAUCGAAGAAUUCCUACUUCGGUGCUAUGAUCUUCUCGAGCAGCGUUGUUCGAACUCUGGGCUACCACGUCUUCGACAAUAUUCUUAAACUCGCUGCCACGCGUCCUGAGUUUACUCUUCAACAUCUGAUAAUACUCUUUCGAGAGCUUACCCCGUCAAUCUCCGAGUUCAUUGGUCAUCUGGGCGUGGAGUUCCUCCGUGAUAGCUAUGGCAAAGCUGAUAAACUUAUCAAGGAAAAGAUUGAGAGCAAUCCCAAUCAGGAAGAAGCUCGCGAAGACUUCCUUGCAAUUGUGAGUGCAUUGGGAUUCUAUGUCAAUCUUCUCAAUGCCCAGAAUCUCCACAUGUUCCCAUGGAAGCAUACACGUGAAUAUCCAAUCCGGUAG